AUGCCGAAACGCUUUGUAUCAGCCCAUGGGCCAGCUCUAUCGGGUCUUCAUGCCAAUGGAACCGGUUCGGACAGCGGUGAGCUGUGUGUAUACAUCAGUCGGCCAGAGGUGCGCGCAGCGGAGAGGCCUACUAAGUUCCAGCGAAGUCUCGCUCGAACAGAAAGCGCGAAUACCCAAUUCUGGGAGACAUUUGCACUUGGAUGGUUGAAUUCGAUGAAAGCCUGGAUCUUCCAAAGCAGCGGCAAUGCCCCCAAUGGGGUAAUGGUUGCUCCUCCUAACCGGUUUCAAGUUCUUGGAUCAUACUAG